AACGUAGUUAUAAUUAUCUGCACGAAUGAGGUAUAAAGGUAGCUGAUGUCAGUAACCAUUAUCUAUUACCAAUACACUCGUUAUGGACGCUUCAGUAUCAGAAAUAGCUAAUAUAACAUGGACGCAAAACGUUUUGCACCUGUUGGCCACUACUCUGCACCUCACGUCGUACCUGUAUCCUGAACAAGCGCUGAUUUAUGAUGGUGACGUAUUCGACUACGUAAUAGUAGGUGCAGGAUCUGCAGGUUGUGUGAUCGCGAACAGGCUUACAGAGGAUCCCACGUCGAGAGUUUUGCUGGUAGAAGCUGGCGGCGACCCUCCGAUAGAAUCAGACUUACCUGGUUUGAUGCCAUAUAUGAAACAAUCAGCAGAAGAUUGGAAUUAUACGUCAAUAUAUGAUGGCUAUUCACAACAAGGUCACACACCCCCCAUUUCGGAUAUACCAAGAGGGAAAAUGUUGGGAGGUUGCAGUAGCAUUAACUACAUGUAUUAUGUUCGUGGAAAUCCCUACGAUUAUGACAAUUGGGCAAAAAUAACUAAUGACAAUACCUGGAGUUAUAACAAUGUUCUGCCAUAUUUUAUCAAAAGUGAAAGACUUCAAGAUCCAAACAUUUGGAAUACACCAAGUGCAGCAUUUCAUGGUAGCGAAGGCUACUUAGGAGUAACAAAACAGUAUGAGAAAAGAACAAAUAAAUAUUUACAAGCUUUCAGUGAACUCGGGUAUAAUAUCGUUUUAGAUACAAAUGGAAAUUAUACACUUGGUUUCACUGAGCCUUUACUGACGAUAGCUAAUGGUUAUCGACAGAGCACAGCCACAACCUUCCUCUCACCGAUUAAAAAUAGAUCUAAUUUAUAUGUAUUGAAACAUACUAUGGUCACUAAAAUCAAUUUCGAUGAACAUAAUAAUGCUGUUAGUAUUGAAGCGAUCAAAGAAAAUAAGGAAAAAAUAACAAUAAGAGCAAACAAGGAGAUCAUAGUGUCAGCUGGAGCCAUAAAUUCUCCACAGUUGCUCAUGUUGUCGGGUAUUGGUCCUAGAAAACAUUUAGAGGAUUUAGGUAUUAACGUAAUUGCAGACUUGCCUGUAGGAGAAAAUUUACAAAAUCAUAUAAGUGGUAUAUCGACUUACGCAUUGGAAAAAAUUUCUGAACGACCUAAAAACCCCCACAAAUACCCGCAACCAACUGUUAUGGGUUUUGCUACAGUGAAUAACUUACAAACAUAUCCAGACUACCAAUCAGUAAAUCUUAUAGUGGACAGCGAUUACCUAUUAGAAAACUGUGCAUUUACAAAUUAUUUCAAAAAAGAAAUUUGUAAUACCUUUUACAAACAGGCGAAAGGAAGAGAGGUUAUGAUAUCACAGACAGUUGUACUCCAUCCAAAGUCACGAGGUCGUAUCUUGUUGCAAAGCAUUAAUCCUUACGUUUAUCCGGAAAUUUACACUGGUUAUUUUUCUGAUGCUGCUGAUUUGGAGAACCUUGCUUCAUAUAUCGAACGUAUUAAUCGUGUAACGACGACGAAUUACUUUCAAGACGUAAAUGCAACAUUUUUGAUUCCACCAGAUUGUGCAUCGAACGAACCAGACAGCGAGGAGUUCUGGAGAUGCUACGCUCUGUGCAUGGCUAUGACAAUGAAUCACUACAUAGGAACGUGUGCCAUGGGAUCCGUCGUGGAUGGGAGACUCAAGGUAUUCGGUGUGCAGAGAUUGAGGGUGGUGGACGGUAGCGUGAUUCCUAACAUGACUAGUGGUAACACUAAUGUACCUAUAAUAAUGGUCGCUGAAAAAGCUGCAGAUUUUAUAAAGGCAAAAAAUUGAUAUU